AAUUGAUUCCGUUUCGACGAAUUUUGGCUUCGGGAAUGAAUUCGACCGUGCUGCUGUUCCUUCUGACUGCGUGUAUUUUGGAACUUGUGGUUGGCCAGCAAGGGCCGGUUUUUGUUCUCGAGCCACCGAGCACUCUGGUCUUUUCCAAUACCACGGGCUCCCAGCUAAGCUGCUCUGCCCAUGGGAGUCCAACGCCGCACGUCACCUGGAUAACUAGUCCGGAUCAGAGAUCAGUCACCGCAGUUCCCGGACUACGACAAUUACUUGGGAAUGGCACCCUCUAUUUUCCGCCCUUCCUCGAGCAAGAUUUUCGCGCCGAAGUCCACAACGCGAGGUACAGAUGCCGCGCCACCAGCUCCGUGGGAACGGUUCUUUCUCGCGAGGUCACUCUUCGUGCUGUGCUGACGGUGCCCGGCUACGACGUGUGGGUGAAUAGAUCCCCCGUGAUGGAGGGAUGCAACGCUGUUUUAUCUUGCACGGCCCUGGAAGACGUCAAAGAACAUCUGACAGUCACAUCCUGGUUCCGCGACGACGCCAUUCUUUUACCUGGAAGCACGGACACCGGCGGAAGAUUCGUAGUUACGUCCCAGGGCGACCUGCACAUUAGAGCCGCCAGACCGGAAGACGGUAGGGCCACCUACUCGUGUUUAACCCUUCACGCGUUGACUAGCGAAAGGAGAAGAAGCGAACCUGCAACGUUAACAGUCACAGAGCCGAGCGGAUCCAAGCCACCAAAGCUGAUGCAAAGAUCGCAGAUCGCCAUCUCCGCUGAAAGCGGCUCGGACGUUCACCUCACUUGCUCCGCACAAGGAAGCCCGCCCCCGCAAUUUACCUGGUACCGCGAUGUUAACGGACACUCGAUACCGGUUGAGUCCUUCGGCAGGAUUCAACUGUGGGGCGAUUUGAUGCAAAUCCGACGUGUGGACGCUCAGGACGCAGGAAGGUACAUUUGCAGGGCCAGCAAUCAGGUCGGCGAGCAACGUGCAGAAACACACCUCUCGGUCACGUCGAAGCUCAACGCGCGAAUACAGCCCCGCGUUCAGAUCAUCAAUUCCGGAGAGUCUGCCACUAUGAAUUGCACGGUGGAGGGUUAUCCGGUCGAGAGCGUCGAGUGGUUGCACGACGGUAUGCCAGUAUUGACCGCGCAGGACACGAGGAUCAAAUUGCUGGCUCCUCUGGUCCUCGUGAUAGGCUCGGUCGGCCGAAAGGACAAGGGGAUGUAUCAGUGCCUCGUUAGAAGCGACAAGGAAAACGCUCAAGCCACCGCGGAAUUGAAACUGGGAGACACUGUGCCGGAGCUGCAGUACACGUUCAUCAAGCAAGCUCUGCGACCAGGACCGCCGGUGUCCUUGCGAUGCUCGGCGACAGGAUCCCCGCCCCCAUCCUUCACUUGGCUCCUGGACGGAGAACCUCUGAGCGAGAUCGCGACCGGACACAGGUACGCGAUAGGGCAGUACGUCGAUCAGUCCGGGGACGUGAUCAGUCAUUUGAACAUAUCAUCGGCCGGCGCGGAGGAUGGCGGCCUGUACGCCUGCGUCGCGUCCAAUACUCUGGCCACGGUCGAGCAUAAAUCGAGAUUGAACAUCUACGGGCCACCAUACAUACGAUCGAUAGGGCCGGUCCGUGCGAUAGCUGGCACCGACACCACCAUAGCCUGUCCUUACUCGGGUUACCCGAUCACGUUGGUCGAGUGGUCCCACGGCGGCGUGGAUUUGCCCUUUGACAUUAGGCACCGUGUCGACAGCGAGGGUCACCUGACGAUCGGGAACGUGGACCCAAACGACGCUGGCGUCUACACCUGCAUAGUGAAGUCGAGGACGGGGGAAACGGCGAGCAGGGACAUACGACUCACCGUCAGCAGUCCCCCGGUUAUGAGUCCAUUCAAUUUCCCGCCGAAUCUGCAGGAAGGAAGCCGUGCCCAGGUCACGUGCAGCGUUACAUCCGGCGAUCUUCCGAUAUACUUCUCGUGGCUCAAGGACGGCGAGCCUCUGCCAUCCUCCUUGCGCAUCGAAGACAGAGUAGCCGAGUUCUUCAGUCUGCUCGUUUUCAAGGAACUCUCGUCCCGUCACAGCGGCAAGUACACUUGCGUGGCGACCAACAGCGCGGCCAAAGUCAACCACACCGCGGAACUUUUGGUCAAAGUGCCGCCGCAAUGGAUCUUCGAGCCGCAAGACGUCGCCACACUUCUCGGCAACCCGUUGAACGUUCACUGCGAGGCAAAGGGGUUCCCACCGCCGCGUGUCACCUGGCUACGUUCAAAAAGUCGUACCGCCAAUGACUAUCAUCCCCUGGUAGACGGCUCCGACGGCAGACUGACCAUUUUGCCCAACGGGUCUCUGUGGACGGCGUCCGCUGGGCCCCAAAACGAGGGCCACUACCUCUGCAGAGCCACCAACGGGAUAGGACCUGGCCUCAGCAAAGUGAUUUACGUGUCUGUUCACGAGCCGGCGAGGUUCGAGUUCCAAAGCAAAAACGUGACGAUCCGCCGCGGAGAGUCCGUGACUCUGGAUUGCACCGUCAUCGGGGAUAAUCCCAUAGAAGUGCUGUGGAUGCACAACAGCAACCGUUUGGACACCAACAGCCACAGGCUGAGCAUAAGUCAGAUGAAAACGGAACACGGGCUCAAGUCACAGCUGUCUAUAGGGACCAGCGAUCGUCAGGACUCUGGGGUCUAUCGAUGUACGGCCGACAAUGCGUACGGGAGGGCCGAACAUCUCAUUUACCUGGCUGUUCAAGAGAGGCCGGAUCCACCAGCCUCGCUGGAAGUCAUAGAAAUCGGCUCGCGAUCGAUACGAUUGCUGUGGAAAAGAGCUUUCGACGGAAACAGCCCAAUACGGAAUUACGUUAUUCAGUAUCGGUCCCUGAAUCACGUUUCGGUGGACGAUUGGAACCCCGCAAAAACGCACAAUGUCACCUAUUCACCGGGAAGUUCUAAUAGCGGGAACACGAUACAUCCAACGCAGAACGGUUUAUCCCCUUUCGAAACGACGAGCGAGGACCAGGAAGUGGCUUUGGUGGGUGGACUUCAUCCAGCCGUGACUUAUACGUUUCGUAUAUUUGCUAUAAAUUCAAUAGACGUGAGUGCACCCACUGAUCCCGUGGUGGCGAAGACCCAAGAAGAAGCGCCCACAGAACCGCCCCAAAACAUCAAAGUACAAUCCGCGGGACCCGGGGAGCUUAUGGUUAGCUGGCAGCCGCCCCCCAAAGAAUCCUGCAACGGAGAUCUAUUGGGCUACAUAGUGACGUGGUCGGAGCAUUCUUCCUCAACUUCGGGUGUAAACCAAAGCAAAAGUUUAACUGUGAACGGAUGGGCGACAACAAAGGUGCAGCUUACGGGCCUCAGAAAAUUCACGAAGUACGAUAUAUCGAUCAGAGCUUUCAACAGCAUAGCCAGCGGUCCAGUUAGCGUCCCUAUUGUUGGGACAACUCAAGAAGGGGUGCCAGAGACUCCGCCAACCAACGUGUCGUGUGUUGCCCUGUCUUCUCAAAGCGUGAGGGUGUCCUGGAGCGCACCACCACCCCACCAACACGGUGGAAUUAUUCAGGGUUACAAAGUAUACUACAGGCCAGUGCCAACCGACAACAUGGACAUAUCGACGGUCGGCGAAGUGAAGAAGACCACCAGCGUGGAAACCUAUCUGCACACCCUGUACAAAUACACGAAUUACUCGAUCAGGGUACUGGCAUACACGGGAGCUGGCGACGGAGUCCUGAGUCCGCCGAUCUUUUGCACGACGGAAGAAGAUGUACCAGGCCCUCCAGCUGGUAUCAAGGCCUUGGCAUUAACGGCCGAAAGUAUAUUAGUUUCGUGGUUGCCGCCCCUACAACCGAAUGGGAACGUCUCCAAGUACACGGUUUACAGCAGAGAAGCUGGCUCCAGCAACCAUAACACGCACACGAUGCACGAGCCGCCGUCGUCGCCCACCGAUACUCUAACUAUGGAACUGCGAGGUUUAGUCGAGAGACAACUGUACGAGUUUUGGGUGUCCGCGACCACUGGACUAGGCGAAGGCGAAUCGACCACUAUAGUGACCCAAACUACGAACACCAAAGCCCCAGCCAGGGUGGCCUCUUUCUCGCAAUUGCUGAGAAGGGCAAUUAAAUCAUCCAUCACGUUGUCGUGUCUGGUGGUCGGGAAUCCUACGCCAAGACCUACGUGGACCUAUCGAAACGGACAGGUCUCCACUGGUCGACAUUACGAGCUGACUUCCGAGGGUCACCUCAACAUUCGUGGAUUAGAACAGUCGGUGGCGGGAAAUUAUACUUGCUCGGCCAGCAAUUUGUUUGGCGACGAUUCCGUAACUUACACCCUAGUUGUGGUGAUGCCGCCUAAAUCACCGACGCUAGAACUCCAGUAUACUACAACGAAUAGCAUAAGGCUUCGAUGGAAUCACCCUAACAACGGCGGUGCUACUAUUCAAGGUUACGUAUUGAGUUACAAAAGGGACCAAGGUGGCUGGGAGGAAAUCGCGCUGUCACCGGAACAGACAGAGUUCAUUUUAUCAGGGUUGAAGUGCGGGUCCUCGUAUUUGGCGCACUUGACCGCCCACAAUCGCGUGGGUACAGGAGAUCCGAGUCCUCUGAUAAGCGCGACGACCAAAGGAACUGCACCUCUGUUGCCGAAAGAACGGGACAUCAUCUCCGCCAAUGGCACCACCGUGAAACUGAACCUUUUGUCCUGGCCAAACGGCGGAUGUCCCAUUCAAUAUUACACGGUGGAGUAUCGUAAACGCAUAAGCACGGAACCGUGGAUCUUGGUGGCGAGUCGCGCGACGGAGAACCUGAUCAUACGAGACUUGAAGACCGCCUCGUGGUACAGUUUGCGUCUGACGGCCCACAACGACGCCGGAUCGACGCAGACGCAAAUGGAGUUCGCUACGACCACGCUGAGCGGCGUCAGCAUAGGUCCUCCGAACGACCUGAUCAUGGAGGACGACGUGAAGAAGACUAUACCUAAUCAGAAGGUGCUGUACGUCGUUGUACCAGUCGUCUGCGCGAUCGUCCUCGUCGUUUCGGCCGCCAUUCUGGGAUACGUGAUGCUGAAACGCAGUGGAAGGACGAAUUACUUGGGGGAGAUGCUUCCUGGACAGCAACAGAACCAACAGUCGGGGCUGGGACUCGUCCAGCAACAACAACACCAACAGCAUCAUCAUCUGUCGAGCUGCAUGUCGACCGUGCAGUUGAAAUCGACGGCGGAACGCGACAACAGACGAAACCAUCAAGUUUAUACCAGUUCCCCGGUGAAGCAAGAGAACCACAAGUCCAAUGAUCACGGAUCAGAAAUGUACGAAAUAAGUCCGUACGCGACGUUCAGCGUCCCGGGGAGGGAGAAUCGUUCGGUGACGACCGCCACCCUCGACUACACGAUGCAGUUCAAAACGUUCGGGCAUUUGGAGAACGAGGACAUCAACACGAUCGACUACGAGAGGUCCAGCGUAGACUUCGAAAGGUCUAAAACGCCAAGGUGGCACAAGCAACGAUACUUCCCGAGCAUCGCGGAAGCCGAGAGCAAGUUGCGCUCCAGUCGACAAGGUUCCGGCAGCGACACGUCCGGAAGUCCUUGCGGAGAAUGCGCUGGACCUAGUUACAGGGUCCCAGUGAAACCUUGCAGAGAUGUGUUCUCACGAGGCGUGGAGUCGAGUACAGAAUCCAACAACGAAGGAUCGCCUUCGCUUGCGAGACGACGAAGCCGACAGCCGAGCCGGUCCACUCGCAGUUCGGUGGAGGACAUGACGUUGUUGCCGCCAAGCGGGUUUAGCGACAGCCGCGAAUUGAGCGACGUAGAAUGUGACCGUGAUCGUGAUCGUGACCGUGAGCGUGACCGUGACCGUGAUCGCGACUGGCAAGGUCUGUCAGCCGGGACCCGCCACGGCGGCAGCUUGGGUAGACUGCCGAUCGAGGCCGUCGAAUCUAUGCUCGCUAGGUAUCAGCAAAGGAAGGAACAAGAGAGGCAAGAGUUCACUAUACACGUAUGAUCGAGACUUAGCAAUUCUAGUGGGAAUCUUCGCUGGACGAUGUAAAUGGAAUAGUAAACUUUUGUCGAUCGCCUAAGCGUAUUGCGGGAUGCCAGUUCCGAGUACUUUGAGGGAUAAAUUGUCCACUUUGUUCACGAAAUUUCCUAGACAAUUCUCGAAGAGACACGACACACGCGAAAGAAUAGGAGAACGACCAUACAUGAAAGUACGACAAACGCUUAGGUGUCUUAGAGAAAAAUGCACGACUUGAACAAAUCCACGGGAUAAC